AUGGAUCGUUUCUUUCAUAUGGCUUCCUGCAAUCCCCCUUCGUCAUGUAACGCAGCCGUGGUAAUGAUUCAACAAGGCCUUCAGCUCCGGAAAUUAAGGCAUCGGGGCUUAUGGCAUCUUAAUGGCAACUCUGGGACAGUCGAUUCUGUACGGGUUCAGGAGCUAGAGCAUACCCUCCAGUUGGAUAGUUCUUUACAGCAAGCAGCUGAAGUUUCUCAGCUGAGAGGAGCUCGAGUCAUCUCUGCUGAAGAUCUCCUGUUCUUAAUGCGCAAAGAUAAGAAAAAGCUUAGAAGGCUACUUAAAUAUAUGUUUUUUCGAGACUACAAAUCUAAAAUUGUCAAGGGAAUAGAAGAAGAUGACCUCCUGGAAGACAAAUUCAGCAGUAACAACACCAACAAACGGCAGAAGCUUGCUCAAGACUUCCUCAACUCCAUUGACCAGACUGGAGAGCUCCUAGCCAUCUUUGAAGAUGAUGAGGUUGAUGACGUCAAGCAAGAGAGGAUGGAGAGAGCAGAAAGACAAACACGGAUGAUGGACUCGGCCCAGUACGCAGAAUUUUGUGAAAGCCGGCAGCUGAGUUUUUCAAAGAAAGCAUCCAAGUUUCGUGACUGGUUGGACUGUAGCAGUAUGGAAAUAAAGCCAAAUGCAGUUGCAAUGGAGAUUUUGGCCUAUUUAGCAUAUGAGACUGUGGCACAGUUGGUGGACUUGGCCCUUCUGGUUAAGCAGGACAUGAUUCCCAAAGCCGGUGACCCGUUCAGUCAUGCCAUAUCUGCCACCUUCAUACAAUGUCACAACUCUACUGAGCCACAUCUCUUAGGGCAAUCUACAAGUGUGAAGACCAGUCUUGACUCUCCUGAAAACACACCACCCCCUACACCCACCCCCCCAGCAUCAGUGGGACAGCAGCAUCUGGGGAAAACCCCAUCAGCAGCCCUGGGGAAUGGUGGAAUUGGGCAGGACUCUACCAAAUCCAAACAAAGGAAGAGAAAAAAGAGCACUGCAGCCUGUGGUAUAGAGGCUCAAAGCGAUGCCAUCCAGCCCAGCCACAUCAGAGAGGCCAUUCGACGCUACGGCCACAAGAUUGGCCCCCUUUCCCCAUUCACA